CGCCCUGUUCACGCGCCGCGGCUACACAUGCGUCAGUUGGAAGAGAAGUGCGCAGGGAACAACUCCAAUGGCUCCUAAGUACGCACCAAGUCUGCGUUCCCGUCUGGCAUCUUUGCUGCUUUUUCUGCAGAUAGGGUUUAUUGCCAUAUAUGCAUUUUACGGUGAGAUCGAAAGCAAUGUAAAAGUAGAUGGGAUUACCUUCAGCAACGUUUACCCAGAGUUCCAGGAUGUGAAUGUGAUGGUGAUUCUGGGUUUUGGCUUCUCAUGCACAUUUUUAGUGCGGUGUGGUUUUAGUGGCUCUGGGUUCAACCUCCUUGCGGCUGUCAUGGCCACCCAAUGGGCUAUCAUACUCAAUGGAAUUGAGUCCUUGUAUUACACAGGAAAGAUCAGGAUAGAUCUGAGGAGCUUAGUAGUUGCCGAGAUGUGUGCAGCCUCUGCCCUUAUUUCGAUUGGAACCGUACUGGGGAAGACCAACCCUGCCCAGCUCAUCCUCAUGGCCCUGCUGGAGGUGUCAGGGUUUGUCCUGAAUGAACGGCUCCUCCAGACUCUACUGAAGGUCCGGCCUCUGAACAGCAUCAUGCUGCUUCACGUCUUUGGGGCCUUCUUUGGACUCAUGGUGACCUGGAUCCUGUAUCGGAAAGGAUCCGAGCAGCGUUUUGAAAAAGAGAAAUUUGACCGCAAAACAGGAUUAUUCUCCAUGUUGGGCACUGUGUUUCUCUGGAUGUUUUGGCCCAGUUUUAAUUCAGUCCUUGUGGACAAUCGUAUUCCUGGGAGGAAGCUGGAGGCCGUGUGCAGCACCUACCUGGCCCUGGCUGUCAGUGCUGUGACAGCAGCUGCUGUGUCUGUGCUCUCCAGUCCCAAGGGAAAACUCAACCCGAUGCAUAUGCAGUCAUGCAUCCUUGCUGGCGGUGUUGCUGUUGGGGUUUCCAUGUCAGUGGUUCAUCACCCAUGGGAAGCCAUGACCAUCGGAUUCACUGCUGCAGUUGUAUCAACCAUUGGACUCCGAUAUCUCAAGAUACACAUGCUUCUGGCAUUCCACUGCCAUGACACCUGUGCUGUCCUGAGCACACAUGGACUCCCUGGUCUACUGGGAUGGCUAGCACAUCUCCUCCUACAGUUUAAACACUGUGAUGAUCACACAACGGCAAUCUGGUUUGCUGUAUUUCACAUUUGUACUCUUCUGAUCACCAUCACAUCAAGUCUGACCAUGGGAAUCAUUACAGGGGUCCUACUCAAGUGGAACUUCUGGAGACCGCCCCCAGACAAGAAAUGUUUUGAUGAUCAGGCUUUCUGGGAGUUUCCCCAUCAGGCAGUGCGCAAGUAAGAAUAGGAAGAAAGAAGUAGACCAAAUCUGAUCCUGGAAGUACAAACUAUUUUUGCUGUUCAUUCAUGUCCAUGUAUAUAAUUUCAUACAAUAAUUCUUACGUUUGUGCAAAGUAGUUAGUAGAUGUUUUUAUGUGUGCAAAACUGGGAAAAAAUAAAAAUAAAUCAAAGGUUGAACCACA